UUGAAAGCUUUAAGCUUAAGAAAACAAGUAAUCCCAUGGGAAGAUCAAAGUUAAAGAGAAGUAGUGGGCUAUCAUCAAACAAAGGAUUUGGGGGAGUACUUAGAGAGCAAAGGGCAAGGCUAUACAUAAUUAGGAGAUGUGUGAUCAUGCUCCUUUGUUGGCAUGAGUAGUAGUGUACAUAUAAAACCCUCUUGGGUUGGCAUAGUGGUAUUAGCUUGGGAUCUGGGAGUGUGCUCCUCCUUGAAGUCUCAGAUUCGAUUCUCUCCAGUGUUAAUUUAGGUGGGCUAAUUUAGUU